CUUGCCAUGUUUAUCAUUCCACUACAUGACUACAACCGCGAAAUUUAAACGAGAUGCAGCUUUUGGGAAAAAAUUAAAAUUGCAAGAAAAUGGUCGCUCGAGACUCGAACCACGAAAAGUACAAAUCAAAACAUUGACAUAAUUGAGGUUAUGUUCCCCACUUGUAAGAUCAACACGUUAGAAAAAUAUUUUUGUUUUGUACAUACCAAAAAUGGCAUUGUGUGAAGCCGAAAAGACGUUUGUUUUGCACGGAGUGGAAGAAAACUUCCGAAUAGAUGGGCGAGAACGCGAAGACUAUAGACCCAUGGAGCUUGAAACUAACAUCGUGUCUCACGCCUUUGGUUCCGCACGAUUACGACUUGCAAAUACUGAUGUGUUGGUGGCUGUUAAAAUUGAAGUGGAUGUGCCUUACCCGGAACGCCCCAGAGAAGGAAAACUGGAGUUUUUCGUGGAUUGUUCAGCGAACGCCACGCCGGAUUUUGAGGGCCGAGGCGGUGAAGAUUUGGCUGUAGAAAUUUCAAAUAGUUUGGCUGGGGCUUAUCGGUCUCCAGAGGUUUUUGAUUUGACUAAACUGUGUAUUUUGAAGGGGCGCAAAUGUUGGAAGAUUUUUGUGGACAUUCUGCUUUUAGAGUGUGGGGGUAACUUGUAUGAUGCUGUCUCCAUAGCUGUAAAGGCGGCCCUCUGGGACACACGAAUACCACUGGUCAAGUCUGUGACCGUAGAUGGUAAUAAUAUUGACAUGGAAGUGUCAGAGGAGUUACAUGAUUGUCAAAAACUGGAUGUUACAGGCGCCCCAAUUAUGGUAACUGUGUGUAAAAUCGGGGAACAAUGCAUAGUUGACCCUAGUGCAGCAGAAGAACUAUGUUCCGUAGGGGCUCUAGUAAUAUCCGUCUCUAGAAACAAAUUUAGCACAAUUUUGCAAACCGGCUCCGGAUCGCUACACCCGCAGACUCUUCUAGAGUGCCUCCAAACGGGCCACAAAGUCGCCCAACGCCUACACGACGCUCUAAUUGAAACUCUAGUCGACAUCAAACCAAGUGAAAAUUCCGUCGGUUUUCUGCGAUAAUUUAUUAACAAUAACAUCACAAUUCAACUUAAGACGGACCAUUAUAUCUUAAAGAAUCAUGAAUUGUUCUAAUCAAAUCAUGAUUCACGGAAAAAAUAAACCUUAAACAGGAAAUCUCAACAACGG